UGUUAUGCGUAUCACGGCAGUAGAUCGAAUGAGCACACCGCGAGCAACGUGACAUACAUACGGCACUAGCGCAAGAGCGAGUGUGUAUACGUAAACACUAUCGCAACUUUCGACACUGUUUGCGAUUACCAAAUCACGUAUCCCGAUUUAUUUUUCGCUAGUUUACUUUUGCAGUGAGUGAAUAACAAAUCUAAAUAUUUCAUGAGGUACUUGCUGGUGUUUCGCCUAGAAAAAAAUGUCGCUACUGAACUUAUCGCGACUAGCGAUGGCUGGGAUGGCAGCGAGAUCAUCCACAAAUCGGUUUACGGUGCGUCUUCAAAACAACGCAGCUCAACUUAGGAAUUUGGCUUUUUGCUCAAACCGUUCAAUCCCCUGCUGGACUGAUGAGCAGCGACAGUACAAUACGGUUGGACAUCGACAUUUUCCGGUUCUCUUUAGACAGUCGUUUCAGUUGAGGCAGUUUCACGGUAACGGUUUGCGGCAAAAGCAACAGGAACAAACACCGGACAGCAGUAGGAAGGAUGAGUCGCCGGAAGCUACGCCUUUGGAGGAACCAGCCAAGCUUGGCCUGGUGGCACGAUUCAGAAAGAUGUACAAAGAAUACUGGUACGUGUUGGUCCCGGUCCAUUGCAUAACAUCGGUGUUUUGGUUCGGUGGUUUCUAUUACGCCUCAACGAGUGGAGUGGAUGUGAUAUCACUACUCGAAUCGAUAGGCGUGUCCGAGAAACUGAUCGAUCCAGUACGAGAUUCCAGUCUGGGCCACAUUGCGGUUGCCUAUCUGUUGUACAAGAUUGCAACACCAGCUCGAUACACCGUGACAUUGGGUGGUACGACAAUUUCUAUCAAAUACCUCGUUCAGUUGGGUUACAUCAAACCGAUUCCCUCGAAGGCCAAACUGGUACAAAUGUAUAAGGAUAAGAAGGAAAAUCUACAGGAGCGGAUAGCCGAGAAGAAGCAGGACUUUCAGGAACGAAAGCAGCAACUCGAAGAGCGGAAGAAAAACCUGAUGGAUGACCUUGAACAGUACAAGAGCGGCGUGAAGAGCAUCAAGGAUAAGAAACAAGGAGUGACGGAUGAGAAGUAGUCACCGGAUGGGAUUAUCCUUAAUUUCUGUGUUCUUUCUGUUGGUGUCGUUACAUAUGCCUACUUAAUCAGGGUCGCUCUAUAAUGUUAUUGAAGAGAGAUGCGAGAAAGUGUUUAUCCUUAGGGCUUAGAUCGCGAUAGCAAGCAAAGCUUUGCUUAUUUUUGACAUAAAUAUUUAAUCUUUAGAAACCCGUCGAAAAA